UGACAGUGUCACACACACACACACACACACUCACACACACUCGGCCACACACCUGUGAGAGGACAAGCCGCGCAGAUGAAGCUGAAGCUGCCGAACCCGGGCCUGGACGGCCGGAUCCCGUCCCACCAGCAGCUGGAGAAGAUGGAGCUGGAGGAGGCCGGGGACCGGCCCAAAUGGGACAACAAGGCCCAGUACAUGCUCACCUGCGUGGGCUUCUGCGUGGGCCUGGGAAACGUCUGGCGCUUCCCUUACCUGUGCCAGAGCCACGGUGGAGGUGCUUUCAUGAUCCCGUUCCUGAUCCUGCUGGUCUUGGAGGGAAUGCCACUCUUGUACCUGGAGUUUGCGAUUGGCCAACGUCUGAGGAAGGGGAGUGUUGGGGUGUGGACCUCCAUACACCCCUAUCUAGUCGGUGUAGGAAUUGCAUCCAUGCUGGUGUCCUUCUUGGUGGGCCUGUACUACAACACCAUCAUGGCCUGGGUCAUGUGGUACUUCUUCAACUCCUUCCAGGAACCUCUGCCAUGGAGCCAGUGUCCCAUCAAUGCAAACAGGACUGGCCUGGUGGCGGAAUGCGGCCGCAGCUCCCCGGUGGAUUACUUCUGGUACAGGGAGACGCUCAACACCUCAACGGCCAUCGAGGAUUCGGGCGGCCUGCAGUGGUGGAUGGUCCUGUGUCUGGCGUGCGCCUGGACCGUGCUGUACGUCUGCUGUAUCCGAGGAAUAGAGACCACCGGCAAGGCAGUGUACAUCACGUCCACCCUGCCAUACUUGGUGCUCACCAUCUUCCUGGUCAGAGGAUUGACGCUCAAAGGUUCUGUGGAUGGAAUUAAGUUUCUCUUCACCCCAGAUCUGGCAGAGCUUGCAAACCCAUCCACCUGGCUGGACGCAGGUGCUCAGGUGUUCUACUCAUUCUCCCUGGCUUUUGGAGGCCUCAUCUCCUUCUCCAGCUACAACUCAGUGUAUAACAACUGUGAGCAGGACGCUGUGAUUAUUUCAGUCAUUAAUGGCUUCACCUCAAUCUACGCUGCCACUGUCAUCUACUCCAUCAUCGGCUUCCGCGCCACAGAGCGGCUGGACGCCUGUGUUGACGGAAACAUCCUGGCUCUGAUGAACACUUUUGACCUUACUGAAGGCAACAUCACCGAGAGUAACUAUGCAGAAGUUCUUCAGAGCCUCAACAGCACGUCUCCUGAGAUCAUUCAGGGGCUGAGUCUGAAGACCUGCGAUCUGAACACCUUCCUCAGCGAGGGUGUAGAGGGGACUGGCCUGGCCUUCAUCGUGUUCACAGAGGCUAUCACUAAGAUGCCCGUGUCUCCCCUCUGGUCUAUACUGUUCUUCAUCAUGCUGUUUUGCCUGGGGCUGUCCUCCAUGUUCGGGAAUAUGGAGGGGGUGUUAGUGCCCCUGCAGGACCUCAAACUUCUUCCAAAAAAGUGGCCCAAAGAAGCCAUCACUGGUUCCAUAUGUCUAUUCUCCUUCAUCUUUGCGCUGAUCUUUGUACAAGGAUCAGGUAACUACUGGCUGGCCCUGUUUGACAACUUUGCUGGCUCCAUCCCCCUGCUUAUCAUUGCCUUCUGCGAGAUGGUGGGCGUGGUUUACCUGUAUGGGAUAGACAGGUUUAACAGGGAUAUCGAGUUCAUGAUCGGGCACAAGCCCAACAUCUUCUGGCAGGCCACCUGGAGGGUGAUCAGCCCCCUCAUCAUGCUGGUCAUCUUCCUCUUCUACUUCGUCACCAAAGUCAGCGCAGAGCUCACCUACAACGUGUGGGACCCCAACUUCGAGAACUUCCCCACUCUGGAGACGCUGACCUACCCGAGCUGGGUCUACACCAUCAUCUUCCUCCUGGCCGGGGUGCCGAGCAUCCUGAUCCCGCUGGCGGCGCUGUACAAGUUCAUCAGGGCGCGCUGCGGCGGGCGACAGGAGGAGGAGGUCUCCGUCAGCACCAUCUCCGCUGCGGUGUGGGCAAAGGGCCUCUGAAGGGCCCCGGGAGGCCCCGGGGUCAUCGAGAGGCCCCUGAGCGGAUGGGCCUCGCAGACGUUGCCAUGACAACACCGCUGUCCAGACGUGGGUGAAAUACGCAUUGGUUUUGGAUUCGAAUGCUUCUCUACGCUCGACUGAUCAUGUCUGGUGUAUUGGAACCAAUGGAAUACUCUCAAUGAAAGAGCAAACCCCGCCUUCUGGUCAUAUUGGCAGGCUCGGUUAAACCAGGCAAGAUCAACAGAGCACAGAAAAGCAUUUGAAUUCAAAACAAAUAUGUAUUUGAACCAGGUCUGCUGCUGUCGGUGCGCCAAACCUCCAACAGAGCAAGAGAACUUCAUUUUCUGGCAAAUAACCACAAGAUUCACGCAGUAUAAUUAAUAUUUAUUACGGGGAUAAUGUCACAUUAACGUUUUUGACAACAACACAGUCUAUAAAAAGUUGUUUACUGAGUAAAUGAUAAUAAUUGUUAUCACUUUCCCCCUAGACUUAAAAUUUUUUUUUUAGUUGUAUGUGCUUUGCUCUGAAGUGUUUCGUCAUGUAUUGAUAUUUAUCGCGUUUAUCGUGUGCCAGUAUUUCUGUAAUUAUGUAUAAAUUGUAAUUAGAUGGACUGUAUUGAAAAAAAAAACACAAAAUAUGGGUGAAUUUGUUUUGUAUUAAAGUGCUUACGAUAUAUGCA